CGAACGCUGUGUUCACAUUGAACUUUUUUAUACACAUCCCAGCGAAUUUUCGGUUGUUAAUUUGCUGAUUAACAGAAGAAGAAGAGGAGAAUUAAUUACACGUGUAGCCUGUGAUAGCACUUUAAUUUAAUUAAUUUUGACCUUUCAAACAAAUUCGUACGGCCAGUUCCUUUUUAUAAAAUGGGGAAAAAAAAUAAGAAUAAGAAAAAAGGCAAAGGAGCCGAAAAAACUGCCAUGAAAACGGAUAAGAAAUUAGCUGCUAAGCAAAAAAAAAUGUUGAAGAAGUUAGAAGAGACUGAUAUAGUUGAGGUAAUUGGUAGAUUAGAAGAAGAAGAAGCUCGCAUUAAAAUACUUUCGGAAGAAAUUUGUGCCACCCCGCCUACACCACGCAGCAAUUUCACUUUGGUAGCACAUCCAGAAAAAGAAGAACUCAUACUAUUUGGCGGCGAAUUUUACAAUGGCCAGCGUGUCUGCGUCUAUAAUGAUUUGUUUUUUUAUAAUAUCAAUAAAAAUGAAUGGAAGCAAAUACGUUCUCCUCCCGGACCAGCGCCGCGUAGUGGCCAUCAGAUGGUCGCUGUGGCCACUAACUGUGGCCAAUUGUGGUUGUUUGGUGGCGAAUACGCAAGCCCCUCUCAGUUACAAUUCUAUCAUUAUAAAGACUUAUGGAUGAUGAGUUUAAAAACGCGUAAGUGGGAAAAAAUAACUACCUCCAAUGGACCAAGUGCCCGCAGCGGUCAUCGCAUGAUUGUUUUUAAAAAGAAGUUAUUUGUAUUUGGUGGUUUUUAUGACAACAAUCAGUCUUACAAUUACUUUAAUGACGUCCACAUAUUUUCUUUGGAAUCGUAUACCUGGUUACAAAUACAUAUUGAAGGACCUGUAAUACCGUCCCCACGUUCUGGAUGUUGUAUGGCUUCUACUCCUGACGGCAACAUACUCGUUUGGGGUGGUUAUUCAAAAGCAAAAAUAAAAAAAGAUGUCGACCGUGGCAUUACACAUACCGAUAUGUAUUUCUUAAUACCUAAUAAGAGCGAACAAGAUUCUACUAAAUACAAGUGGAUUGCCGCGAAAUCUAAUGGAUAUAAACCUCUUCCCCUAAGUGGCGUAUCGUGCACUUCAGCCCCAAAUGCUAUGGUGUAUAGUUUUGGUGGUGUUAUGGACGUGGAUGAGAAUGAGGAGGAUUUGCAUGGCCAGUUCGGGGACGAUUUGUUGGGCCUAGACUUAAACUCUUUAACCUGUCAUUUAAUAGACAUCUUUAAGAAAAAAAAAAUUCCAAGCAAACACCCAAAUAUGUGUUUACACGAAACGCUACCCAAGGCUGUAAACGCAACUUCUGCCACGACAACCGACGGUACUUUUACAGUAAGAGUAGCUGGCCCCGGCGUUUCCGCUUCUACUUCACUCGAAAUGCCUAGUUUCUUCCCAAACUACAAGUCAGACUCACUACCUUCACCCCGCAUGAAUGCCGGUUUAUGUGUAUGUAAAGGCGUACUGUAUGUAUAUGGCGGUUUGUUUGAGGAAGACAGUAAACAAUAUACUUUCAACGACUUAUAUGCUCUAAAUUUGCAUAAACCCAUAGAAUGGAAGGCAAUAAUACCGAAUAAUAUGAAUGUCCACGACUGGGUCGAUAGUGAAAGUAGUGAUUCAGAUGGCGAAGAUGAUGGCGAGGACAGUGGGGAAGAAACAAAAAGUGAAUCUGAAAUGGAGACAGAAUAAAAAACCAGGAAAUGCAAAUAUUUAGAAGCUCGCACUUUAUUUUUAAACAUCUUUAUUCUUAGCAAUAGAUAAAUGUUACUAUAUGAAAA